CUCGGCGCAGGUCAACACUCUCCAUCUACUUAUUCGCACUUCGAACGCGUACUUCUCCGUCUCCGUGAAUCUCUGUACAUACGAUGGCAACGCGCCGCAAAAGCGCACCACCAUUGGCGAAACCUCCGGCACCGAUUGCCUUUGACGCCAACAUCAUCGCCGGAGUCCAUACGAUCCUCAGCUUAGCUGCUUUUGCGACGGCCUUGUUCUUUGGCUGUGCACUUCAUUACAAGAAAAUUGUCAAGAACGGCAUCGCAGGAUACCCUCAGGAGUGGUUUCCGUCCGUGUCCGCAACGAUCGGUGACUGGUAUCCGGAGAGGAACUUCUUUCAGAUACUCAUUGCUAUCACCUCCGGACCUCGCUUUGCGCUCGUGUUCCUUCAGUAUUAUCUGGCGCGUCAUCGGCAUCCUGCAUUCUCCAAAGCUCUUCUCACAGCUGGUCUCUUGCGCACCUUGUCUUGUGGCGGCUGGGUUUACAUUACAUCCAAUGAUGAUCACGACGCUCACGAUGUCCUUAUGGUGACUUACAUUCUGUGUAAUGUACCAUGGAUGUUUGGGGGAAUUGCGACUACACCUCUUCAAAGUCUUCGGGCUAGAAGGAGACGCCGUGUUAUAUCCACAUUGUUCUUCGCUUCUAUAAUACCCAUGGUGUACUUUUUUGUUCAGCAUAAGGUCUAUGGGAUACCAGGAGCAUACACACGGUAUAGCUUCUUUGAGUGGGCCCUGAUUCUUUUGGACGUCGCAUACGAUUCGAUCAUCGGAACAGACCUGUCAGAGAGUAACCUACGAGUUGCCAUCGGCCCGUCACUUGAUGUGAAGGAUGUUCGCACCAAUACAUUGAACCGGUCCGAAGAUACUGUGAAACACUCACCAAAUACUCAGUCCAAAGAUGCAAACGAUCCUCCCGACAUCUUAACUACCGAUGCGCCUCAGAGCGAUGGUUCUGUCCCCUACUCAAAGGCCGGGAGACUUGAGUCAUUGCACGAGACCUGUGCCCUUUUACUUAAAUCGCAUACGAGAGAACCAGUAAGCUUUCUAUGUGAUGUGUACCUUUCCUAUAUCUUCUGGUCGCUGUUCACGUCCUUGCUACCGACACUCUUUUUCUUUUCGGUCUGGCAGCUUGGUGUAUCGGGUCAUGAACUUGCCCUCCUGUCUAUAUUGUCUCCAGCACUCCUCGGAAUAUCUUUUCUUCGCAAGUGGGCAUUGACACGUGCAGGCUCCGUCACAUUGCAGGGACUAUCUUUAGCUGGGAUCGUCGCAUAUGCAUUGCCACGUCCAUCGCAUCGCUUGAUGGCCGUCGCAUUUGCUAACAUUAUAGCUGUAUUUCAUCGGAGCGCACAGUGGUCGCUGGGAGACAGGUAUCAUGGAAUAAUUGCGGCAUUGGGGUUCGCUCUUUCCGCUCUGUCCAAGCAUGCUAACCACUCGAAUAAUCCUGUAUGGCCAAUGGUAACGCACAAUUCCGGAGGCUAUAAUAAGAUCGGACUGGCGCUUGCAAUCAUUGCUCUGGUCGAGCAGACCCUUCGUCCAGACGUAGGGAACGAUCCUGAAGAGACGGCAGCAUCUGGCCCGCCAGUGGAAAAGAAGGAAAAGAACAGUGCUCCUGACACUCCCUGGUUGUCAUCGUCUGUCGCUCUCGGCAGUCUAAUUUUCAGUCUUCAUUACCUCCUCUCUGAGCCAGGAACCAUAAUCUCCUGGACUUGGACAGGGUACAGUAAUGGCCAGCCCAAUGGUCCGCUUCCUCAUGUGCAUGGAUUUCUCACCAUCAUUGCUCAAAGUUUCGGAAUUUUGCUCGCUAUUCUGGCCGAGAGAGCUGGCAUGAACCCCCUUGCAUCUCAAGUCUGGUUUAUGAUUGGUAGUUGUGGGGCCUACGUUCUGUACAGCCAUAGCGACUGGCUAGGGUUCCUAGGCGGACUGCUGAUGACUGUAUUUCUGAUGUCCAUUACUCCCUCUCUUGUGCUGCAACUCUCAGGAACGGCUCACGCUGGCAAAGCAUUCUUCACGGCGUUCUUCACAGCAAUGCUGUUGUAUCUGGCCAAUGUGUGGACUGUGGCUUACGCCUUUGUUCCGUUCGGUGGCUCGUUACUGCGAGAACGCACUGACUUUGUGCUGGUAGCUCAGUUUGCGGCUCUUUCGCUUUCCUUCCAAUGGCGGACACCUACGCCGAAGUUUAUCAAUACCGACUCGGACACCCUGACGUCGCUGACUCGGACAUGCAGCGUUGCACUUGUAGCUGUGCUUAGCUUGUCAUCUGUCCUUGUAACGUUGUAUCGAAUGCCUGUCAUGGGCCCUCAACCUUACAGGAAAGGUGACCGUUUGUUCAACGCCGGUAUCUGGACGGUUCAUUUUGGCAUCGACAACCAUGGCCAUGAUAGUCAGCGGCUCAUACGCGACAUCAUAGGAGAUAUGAAAGUGGAUGUCAUGGGACUUCUGGAGUCAGAUCUGCACCGUCCAGUUUACGGAAAUCGCGACCUGACUCGUGUAAUUGCUGAAGAGCUUGGCUAUUACGUCGACCUUGGUCCGGGGCCCAACAAGCAUACAUGGGGUGCUGCAUUACUCUCCAAGUUUCCGAUCCUUGAGUCGCAUCAUCAUCUCCUUCCUUCUCCUGUUGGCGAGUUGGCACCCGCCAUCUCUGCUGUUCUUGACGUGUUUGGGACAAAUGUCACAGUUGUCGUAUCGCACAAUGGACAAGAGGAAGAUCCGCUUGACAGAGAGCUCCAGUCGAAAGAGCUCGCUCGCAUCAUGGCUGAAGCAUAUCCGCAACCUACCAUCUUUCUGGGUUAUGUGGUGACGAAGCCGCAUGCGAAGAAACCUAAUCCGUACGAAAUUCUUGUCGAAGACGGCCUCAUGUACGACAUCGACGCCGAAGACUGGGACCGAUGGUGUGAAUACAUCCUGUAUCGAGGGCUGUAUCGAACGGCAUAUGCUCGAAUCUCUCGUGGCAUUGUAACAGAUACGGAAGUUCAGAUUGGACAAUUUGCCGUCCCUAAGCAUGGGUUUUCUCUUGUCAACGAUGCACGGGAGACGCGUAUGCGACGCACCUGGAAGGAGGGUCUGCCUGAAAGCCAUUGGUUCCCAAUGGAAUAUUAUGGAAAUCAAUUCGGAGGCGGUGUGAAUGGCCAUUACUACCAUGUCUUCCAUACACCUCUUUAUUAUAAGUUACCCGACGACGCUGCGCUAUGA